GUGAAUUUUGUGGAAGCCCGUCUGCUGAUGUUUUCGUCGCUGCGGCCGAUAAUUUGAUUUUCAUACCGUUUGCGUAUUUCGCACAGUCCACUUACCGCGCUCGUAAAAUCACAAAAAAUCAACUCAUACUGAUCGUUUCAAUAGUUUUCGUGAACACACUGUAAUUGGACUGCAUUUUGCAUAAUUUACGCAACGAAGGCAGCUGCGUGAGUGCACACACACACAGGCGCGCGAAAGAGAGCGAAAGAGAGUGAGGAGCGCAGGCGAGUUGGCAGCCAAAGGCGAAAAAUCAAAGUCUGUCGAAAAUCCACUAUAAAUAGCCCAAAAUGACGCGCUUGAAACAUUUCUCAGCAUAGAAUGAAUAUCAAUCGACGAAAGAUUAAAAUAAUACCCAACGACCGGGCCAAAGGAAUCAAAGUGCCAAACCAACGCAACGACGCAUAAACGCUAGUUAAUAAAAGUGCAAAAAAAAAUAAUUAAUUCCAUUUCUUUUUUCCGCCAUAAAAAGUGCUUUAAAUCUGUCACCAUGUCGCGUUCAAGUAGUUUGUUUUUUAAUUUGUCUGCCAAGUUAGAGACUAAAAAACUUAAUUGAUCAGAUCAAGAAAAGCAAAAGCAGCAGGCAGUAAAGAGUAAAAUUACAAAUAACCCAAACCCGUUUGUGAAGAAUCGCGAAGUCUGUUCCAGAAAAGUGCAACACAACAUUCCCACACAGUAUAUACAUAAAUAGCUAUAGCAACCAGGGACUUGCCCCACGCCCACUACACCCACUUCGGUUAAUCUCGCUUGGUAAUUAAGGGUUAAUCGCCUAAUGGCAAGUUCGCUCAACAAGACGAGACACAGGCGCAGACUGGCUGCGAUCUCGUUCCUAUCGAAUAUCUCGUUAGAUGGCACCCAUCGGGACACCAAAUUCGGCGCAACAUUCGGCAGCAGCCUGCUCUGCAACCAGAAUAAGAACCCAUCCUCGCUGGGACUCGGCUCGGGGGGCUUUCAUCCGCACUAUCAGCAGCACCACCAUCAGCGCAGCCACUCGGCGACGCACCACAAUCAUCAGAAGCGGCACCAACCGCACCAGCAAAAUACCCAGCAGCAACAGCAGCAGAACCAUCAGCAGCAGCAACAUACCCAGCAGCAGCAGCAGAAUGGUGUCCUCUGUUCACCGCUUCUCUGCAGCGCCGAUGUCCACAUGGGCAUCGACGGCGGGAUCGGACUGGAGGACUGCACCACUGGUGCCAGCGAUGGGGACGGGCAUUUUAGUGAAACUGAAAAUAUGGGUCAAUACCUGAUGAACGUCCUGCCGGCCGCCGAUCACAAUAGCAGCAGCGUUGUGCCGGCCGAGAGACGCAACAUAAAGCGCCCGACCUCGUCGGGUCGUCAGAACCACCAGGUACCGGGCAGUGGCAAUAUGAGCAUUAAGCUCCAGCAGCAGCAGCAGCAGCAAAAGCUGAUGCAGCAACAGCGGCAGGCACGGAGUUACACCGCCGGCAGCGGAGGAUCGGGUGCCGAGAGCGGCAGCGAUUCGGACAGCGUCAAGAUACCGCUCAAGGUGUCCAAUCUGGGCAGCGGCGGUGGCGUCGCCGGUGGAGCGGGCAACAAGCUAUUGCCCCUAAGGGAACGCACCUUCAGCAAUGGGGCAAGCGAUCAGAAUUUGCAGCCGGAGCGGAGGGCGCGGUUAAAUACAGCGCCGGGGAUGCGGGCUGGCUCCAAUUCGAGCAUUGCCAUGGGAGGCGGUCUAAAACGCACCUAUGUCUUGAGCGGAUCGAGCGUUAGUCACAUCACCGACGACAGCAGCACUGAGAGCCUGACUCCGGCUGGCAACUUUGCGGGCAGUUUCCGGAACAGCUUGAGCAAGUCGGUGCAGAUCAGCGAUAGCCGGCGAGGUACCGCCGGUCAGGCAUUGGGACUUGGCCAGGGUCGCGACGAGCGGAUGGUGCUGGUGUCGCGCAAGAUUCCGUUCUUUAUCUUUUCUUCACUGCCCUAUUACAAGGGCAAGAAUGGGAGAGCUGAGUUCCGCAAGGAGGAUCGACGUCGUCGGAAUCCAUCAACUUCACGACCGUUGAGUUCCAUUAAUGAUGCACCCUUUGAUCCGUUUGAUUUGUUGGGCAUACAGAAGGCCGAAAGUGGUCAGGACAUAUCAUAUGGUCAUCUGCUGAUACCCUCACGUCAGUAUGAAAAGGAACGGAAAAAGCAUGGCAAUGCAUCGGCGAAUCCUUCCAUCUUCGAGAAUCAAAUGGAGAUCACAGGCACAGCGGCACUUAAGAAUCAUGGCAUUGCGAGCACAAAAACCAUAACCAAACGUCAAGGCAAAUGGUGUUUCACGUACGAGAAUAAUAACCGGAACAGUGCAACAAGUCCGAUUCCGGACUUAAAGUUGGAUAUGGAUAUAGAGAGCGUUAUCCUGGGCGGAGAUUCUACUCGUGGGCAACUUAACCAACAGUACUCGGCCAGCAUCUUGGACGAUCCGGAAUUGAUUGCCGGUAAACAUCGCACUUUGCUGACUUUUACCUCCUACAUGACCUCGGUCAUUGACUAUGUGCGUCCGUCGGAUCUGAAGAAGGAACUGAACGAUAAGUUCCGCGAGAAGUUCCCCACCAUCCAGCUCACGUUGAGCAAGCUGAGAAGCAUUAAGCGAGAAAUGCGCAGGAUUAAUAAACUGGACUCGCGCAUCGAUUUGGUGACCAUUUCGCAGGCGUACGUUUACUUCGAGAAGCUCAUCCUGGCCAAUCUGAUCAACAAGAGCAACCGCAAGCUGUGCGCCGGCGCCUGUCUGCUGCUCAGCGCCAAGAUGAACGACGUGAAGGGCGAUGCCCUCAAGAGCCUGAUCGAGAAGACGGAGAGCGUGUUCCGGCUGAAUCGCAAAGAGCUGAUCUCGUCGGAGUUUGCAGUUCUGGUGGCGCUGGAGUUCAGCCUGCAUGUGAACCGGCACGAGGUCCUGCCGCACUAUCAGCGGCUGCUCUACGAGUCCUAGGACUGGCCCAAGCGCUGCGCCGAGAAGAGUUUCUUGGCGGCAGCGCAGGCGGUACAGCAGCUGUGCCGCAAGGGCAGUCGCAAGUAGGCGUUCAUACUUAUAGCAUACUUUCGGGUGUUGGGUUUUCAACGAUCAUAAUAAUAUUGCCUAGGCUUAAGGCGUAGCUACUUAAGUUUUGCUAAAAGGUCACAAAAGAAUGGAAAAAACUAAAAAAAAAAAAACUACAUAUACGAGUGUCUCCCAAACAUCCCCCCUUUCCCGCGAUUUUUAGACUCAUAAGUGUUUAUGUUUACAUAUAUUUUCUUGGGUUUCUGUUAUAGACAUUUCAAAAAUGAAUAAACUAAAGUUAACCAAACGAACCUAA